AUGAAUAUGACACGACCUACUCGUAAAUCUCAUCGAAAGUCUUCACCGCCCCUUUCAUCUGGAUCAAGGACAGAGACGGAAACGGAGGCGGAGGCAGAGGCAGAGGCAAAAGGAGAAUCUUCAAAAUAUUGUCAUUCAUGCGGACGUCUUCUACCUCGUUCGAAGGACGAUCCGACUCCCCGGAAAUAUUGUUCAACGACAUGUCGGACACAUAGUCGCUCAUCUAAUCUCCGGGAUAUCCGGACCGAUCUGAUCAAAGCUUUUCAUCAUUCCCUCCAUACACGUCCUAAUGGUGGUAUAGCCAUAUGCUCCGAAGUGGAAAAGGUCGUCUUCGGUUCGGUCCGGGAGCCUACUCCUGAUCCUGAUAAUAACAACCAAGCUGAGAAAGUCGGAAUUUAUCAUGAUGAUAUGACAGAAAGUGGGAAAUCCAAAAAUAUCAAAGGAUUAUCAAAGACUGAAGAGAGGGAAGAAGCUCGUAGAGCAGCUAGAAGAUUAGUAGCUUUUGGAUUCCAUAACCAAGGUAUAGAAAAUGAAAAAAGACAAGUUGAAGCGAUCCAAAAUGGGAAAGCAGUCGAAACAAGUUUCGCAAAAGGUGAAUGGGGUAUAAGGUGGAAAUGA